AUGGCCCCUCUAAAGCCUGGAAAUGUGUACAAUGCGACGACUUCUUUUGCGGCGAGUGCUGGCCUAAAGAGAGACCUCAUCGUCUACUUACCGAUUUCGUACCAGCCAGGAAAAGUCGGCAUCGAUGGUCGACAGCACGAAAUGGUCGACGAAGACAUCGUUCGCCGGCUACAGCAAAUCUUUGGCCAACCAACUGCCGCAGAACAACAUCGACGACACACGAACGAUAUCAAUACUACCUGGUUUGGGGUCACCAAGGAGCAAGACCAACCAUAUCUUCACUAUUCAAAUAGACUAGUUGACAUCCUACGUGAGAGCCAGAUGGGAGCGUUUACAGAGCGGUUCCCCCAACUGGUUUCUUUUGUUGGGCAAACAGGUGCUGGAAAGAGUACGGUCAUUAAGAUGCUGAUUGAUCGCCAACAAGCACAAACAGACAGAUUUACCAACAUACAUGCUCCCGUUCCCGGUCUCGUGGGUGAUAAUAUUCCUACCACUGGCGAUGUCCAUUUGUAUGAGGAUCCUGGCACAUACCACAGUCAAAGUCCUGUGUUAUAUGCCGAUUGCGAGGGCAUGACGGGCGGCGAGAAUGCACCUCGCGGUCUCGCCUGUCGUGAUAAGGUUGAAAGCGCCAAGAGGUCGGGGAAGCUGGUCAAAAAUGUCCUUCGGAAGAGAAUCACAUGGGCAGACAACCCCAGGAUGCAAUCGCUAGUGUUCGUACUUCGCGAGGUCAGGACAUUCCAGACAGAGGUUUUGACACAGCUGGUUGAUUGGGCUGCCAUGUCGAUUGACAAGUCUCUCAACCAGCCAACACUUCCACACGUCGUCAUAGUUGCAAACUAUACCGACACCAGUAUCGAUGAUCAACAGUGGAAUCCCGAUGUGGCUACAAAGGGUUUGCUUGAUGAUUACCAAGAUUCAGUCCAUCAAGUCCCAGCUCUAAGAGAGAAGUUGGAGAGACUAGCAAGUUUGGGCAAAGACAUAAAGACAACCAAGGGGCUGCUCGAAUACUAUUAUUCCUCCGUGACACUGGUGAGAAUGCCGGCCAAAGGUCGUUAUAUGAGGAUGGACGAGCAAAUUGGGCAGCUGUAUGGCGCAAUUCUCGGCAAAUGCGCGCAGUCUCAUGCUCGAAAGAAGAAGGUUCGCAUGCUACUUAAUGCUGAAGUGUUACCACAGUAUGUGAACGCUGCCUACGACCACUUCUCGGUAAGUCUUGACGAGCCCUUCGACUUCAUAGAGGAAGCGCGCCGACAUACACCUCUACCCCGAACCCUAGGGGGACACAUCCUUAACCUCAUCGUCACUAUGUAUAACCACGCCGGUCGACGUCGCACGCGGGUCAAGGACUUGUUUACGAGUCUAAGCCUUCCCCUCGCCUCUUGCAUCAUGCUGGCUGCUACAAGAGAAAAGAUACAAGGUUCCUAUUCACACUUGCUACGCAACACUUAUCGUCAUUCACUAGAUGAAGCCAUACAAGUGUUUUGUGACCAAUGGCUUCGCUGCUCAUUUAUUCAUCAGGGAGAAGCAUGCCAGAAUGCCAGGAAUUCGCAUCAGAAAGGCCACCAAGCUAUGUCUGGAAGGAUCAUUACUCGUGGGCCUUACGAGUCAACCUUUGUCGCAGACGAGUUCUUUCCAGAUUGGAUCAAUCAAAUUGACAAGCACAUAAGAGAGCUGGACGAGCGUUUACAGCGAUUCGAUUCAGAGAAGAACGCAAUCCCUAGAUACCUUGCCAACGUUAUGGCCAAGUUCUAUGGUACUGCUGAUAGCUCAGCUUCGAAGAUCAGAAGCAAUUUGACUUGCCUGUGUUGCGUUCGGAGGAUUCCCGAAAACAUUCUUCCCUGUGGGCAUGUACUCUGCAAAGCAUGUGUUCAAGCCCAUGGUGUGAGCAUUGGGCAGGGUUUGUAUCAUAUGAACUUUUGCCCAUUACAUAAGAAGGAAACGCUGUGGCCGAAGCCUGCACGUAUCAGGUUCAAACCAGACGAGGCUGGUGUACGAGUUCUCUGCUUGGAUGGGGGUGGCGUGCGAUCCAUUGUCGAGAUCGUCAUACUCCAAGCGAUUGAAAACACACUAGGCGGUCACAUUCCGAUACAGAACUUCUUCGACCUCAUCGUUGGCUCAAGUACUGGUGGAAUUAUUGCUCUAGGUCUUGGUGUCAAGCGUUGGACUGUCGCUAACUGUAGAGAACAAUUCAAAAGCCUUUGCAAGCAGGCCUUCACUUCCAGAUUAUCGAAGGCCUUUGCAGCUGUUAGCAGGAAGAGCCAGUACAAGACGAAGCCCCUGGAAAAAGGCUUGAAGUCCGCCUUUGACCAGCAUUCAUUCCUGUACGGUGGUUCGAGACCCGAUCACUCAACGUCAAUACGAGUUGCUGUUACUACAACCUUGGCUAGCGAGAACAGACCAGCGGUACUAUCCAAUUAUAAUACCGAGAGCGAGCAUGAAUCUUCUCCAUACAAAUUUAUCCGUCCACAGGAAUCUGCUAGGGAAGUAAAAGUUUGGGAGGCUGCAAGGGCGACGGCUGCUGCACCACCGUAUUUUAAACCAUUCUUGCAGGAGACGACGGGAACACAGUAUACAGAUGGCGCCAUACAUAAUCCAUGUCCAGCCUAUGUUGCAGACCACGAGCGAAGGCUCCUUUGGGGGGAGGUCAGUCAUUGGGCACCAGACAUUCUCCUAUCACUCGGAACUGGUUACACACAGUCUCGCACAACUCAUAAGUCCAAACGCACAUUCUCGCAGGACAUUCCAGGUGCCACCAAGCUCACCAGGGUUAUCUCUCCCUCGCAACAGUGGGCUUCUGCUAGCCUGACCACUAUGUGGAGAACCAAUAAUCCACUGGUCGACGAUCAGAGCACCAGCCAAGACAUGUGGAACAGCUAUGUUGAGAAGGCCACUGCCACCGAGAACCUACUAACAAUAUCGGAUGAAAACCGUAACAUGCGGAUCAACGUCAGGUGGUCCGAUAAAAGGCCCAGUUUUGAUGAUGCGGAAGAGAUAGAGAAUAUUGAGCGACAUGCUAUGAACGAAAUAAGCGAGAACCAUGAAAUCAAGAUGGUUGCACACAAGCUUGUCGCUAGUUGUUUUUAUUUUGAGAGGACAGGUACUGAUCCUCAGAAUAAAGAAAAAGGGCUGUACAAAUGCUCCGGUAGUAUCAUCUGCCGUUUCGAUGAAGGGAGUCGAGAUUUGAGAGGCCUUGGCCUUGUUCUUAGAGACCACAUCCGUGGCAGUGAUUUCGCACCUUUCUUCAUCUUAGAGGAGGACUACGGUACUUCUCUCCAGAGGCAGCACGAUGUAACUGUUCCGGUUGAUACCAUCUACGCGAUGUGCCAUUCUGGUACGUUCCGUUUGCCAACAAACAUUGUCAUUGAUGGCGCUCACGAAUCGAGUUUAACACGUCUGUCCCUGUGUCUGCAACCGGGAGGAUACAGCUAUUCCCAAGUCUCUGAUCCAUCCCACAGAUCCGUCAAUCCCUCUUUCUCUAUCAGUGGAUUCCCAAGAGAGCUCUUUGCCCAGGAUACACCCUUGUCUCCUCGCACAACCGUUGCGGAUAUGGACGACGAUGAAGGGCCUUGUGAAUUACCAGUGCCUGAAGAUAUACCACUUACCAAGGAAACCUCGAAGGUUUCAGCAAGGCUCGCAUUGUUCAGGAACAGACAGUUGCACCAUUCCAUUUCCCAGAUGUCGUUUACCAACAGACCCAGCAGUUCAGAGGAUAAAGGCACUGAAUCAUGUGAAAGUCGAGAUGGAGAUUCUGAGUCAGCAAGGCUAUUUUUCGGUGCGAGGAAGAAGAACAGUGAAGGGUCUGAAGCAGUGGAUAAACAGUUUGAAAGCGGGUUCGAGGCAAAACCGCAACCUUUUAGAGGUUAUUAUUAG